AUGAACGAUCCCGCCCGGGACCCCCGAGCCACAACAAAGGCCGCCACUGCAACCGCUGCAAUAAGGUCCCUUGGAUCCCCAUGUCGCGCACUCCCCCGGCGUCUCCGACCAGGUCCUGGCGCUGGUCACCCGCCCGAAGCGCACUCCGGCAACGGCGGAAACCAAUACCUCCCGCCCGGCCCUCGCAAAGCAAAAUCCCGCCCUUUACGCCGCUCAAGACGUUCUCCGGCGACUACGCCCACCGGUGCACAAGGGAACCGGAAGGUCAAACACGGCGCCGCGGCCCACGGCGAGCUGCCACUGAAAGCGUCCGCGGGGCAGUACGGCCCCCCUGCAGGCGCCCACGCGCCCGCCGACGACUACGGCCCACGCCCCCGGCGCCCUCGGGGCAUUUCAGCACGACAGGGGCGCUCAAGGGUCAGGCCCGCCUUCGGACCUGGAGGACCCAGCGGGCACGGAGGCCAUGGAGGGCUCGGUGGACACGGAGGCCACGGGGGCCCGGCGGUCAUGGAGGACAUGGAGGAAACGGCGGCCACGGACAGCGGACAUGGCGGACACGGAGGUCAAGGCCCUGCCCCUUCAGACGAUUACGGUCGCCUCCCCUGCCACCGCUCUUGCAGGCGCCUGCCGCUCCUCACGGAAUUUACGUGCCCCCGUCUCAGCUGCAACCCCGUCCGCACCCCACCCACCCCGCACCCCACUGCCAUCGGCGGCGGCGGCCGCCCUCAGCUGGCGCUGGCCCCGUCCUUCCUCCCCGCGCCGCCCGUCCACAACGCCCGCCCCUCCACGGCCCCGCGCCGGCCGUCGCCGACUACCUCACGCCGCCCGCACCGGCUCCAGCGUCGAGGGGCCUUCUUGGCCCCGCGCCGCAGCAUCCGGCGCCGCCUUCGCCUCCGGCCCGGGCCCUCCGUCCCGACCGGCCCUUUCCGCGCCGCGGCACGGCUCCGCUCCCGGGCCCGAGCGGACCUCGACGUCAUCAAAUCCGUCACCGUUUACACCGACUCGCAAUCCUCCGCCCAGCACUCGCUCGUGCCAUCAGCUCGAGACGUGUACAACGGGGACGCCAAGCAGGUGCACUUGGUUCCAGACGACACGGCCACAACGCGGUGGACCAGUUGCAUCUCCCGUCCGUCACCCGGAUCUAUCAUCAGAAACGAGGAACAUCCAUCUCAAGGCUUAUCUAAAAAACAUAUCUUCGUCUCACCGCUCACCACUGGAAAUCCACUCGCAAUCUCAGAUCACCUGCACGUGAUUACAGGCAACGAGGACAGACAACCUUCCCAGAGCGUGCUGCACCAAGGCCAGGGCAUUAAGGUGCCCACGCGCCGCAGCCUGUCCGCGCCGGGCACUCAGGGCGUUCUCAUGUCACCGGGCGUACAAAGCACGUCCGCCCCGCAACACGUCGCAGGCACCCAGGGCACUCAGAGCUCCUUCAGCACGCCUACCCGAACACGCCAGCGCAAACUCGGGUUCGUCUCUUUCCAACACCGCUCCGCAGAAACCCUUCAAUUACCGCCGCCGAGCUUGCUGAACAGCAGGCUGCCGCCUCGGCUCCAUUCCAGAACACUUUCCACCAGCCGCCGCCGGCGCCUCCGCCCUUCGCAGCCUUCCAAACGCCUCCCCGCCGCCCCGCCUACCAGCCCGCCUUCCGCCCGACCGCCCGUCUCUUAUCUCAACCCGCCGCGCACCCGUUCAAGGGCUUCAACGCGGCCACGCCGACGCCGGCCGUCGCCGCCCCGCCCCCGGCCCCCUGCAGCGGAGAGCCACCCGCGCCCGCGUGGAGGCAGCGGUCCGCGGGGGCGGCGUGGGCGGCGCCGCGCUAAACCGCCAAAUGGCGGAAAGCGGACGCGCCUACCUGGCCGCCUCCUGCCCCCACCGCCCCCGCGCGCCGCGCAGCCCGCGGCGGCCAACGACGGCAAGCGGACCAAGCAGAUCCAGAUCAUCGUGCCGUACACCUCCAGCAAGGAUCUCAUUCAGUUCCGCUUCCCCGGCGCCAGCCCGGCCGAAUUAGACGCGAGCGGCUGGUCGCCGAUUGCUAAUCCCGAGCCUGCCUCAAAUCAGGGGAGGAUUGUGCCCGGCGCAAAUAAUUGCAGCGAUAUUAUCGCCGAUGGCUCUAUCGAUUCCCCCCUCUGGCAAGAACAGGCUGCUCUCUGUCGCGCUCAGGUCACUACGGUCGGCCAGAGCCUCGACGCGCAGGAUGAUUACCAUUUGCACCAGGAAUCCAGAAGAGUGACCGCCAAGGCUCCGCUGGGCGAAAAACUGCCACCGAAUCACAAAAACAAACCGUUCGUUGCCAAACCUGGCUCCCAAACCGGAGAAAUUCAGCAUAUAUUUGCCUCGAAUAUCCGUGACCUUCUGCGGGGUGAGGAGGAAGCAAAACCCACCGCCGACUCUAUUAACCUGUUGAAGUUACAAAAGAACAUCGACGAGUGGACUGCACAGGAAUUUUCUAAACACAAACAUCUGGGAAGCAAUCACAAAACGACGGAACACGAUAAAGGUUUCACAGCGUCUUUCGCCACAGGCACCACUUUGCAUCAUCUUCGCUUACCUUCGAAGCAGAUACCCGAAGAGUAUCUCACUACUACUCCUCUUUCCGUUGACGAUACGGAUCCAACCGAUCUUUUCUCCCCCACUCUGCCACCCACCUAUAAAAUAAACGACAUUUCAAGAACGUCGCCGUCAAGUUUAUUUUUCGACCACGAAGUGUCCGGCAGUCACACCCACUCGAUUACUGCGAAUGUCGUCGAUAAACCGGAAAACAAAAGUUCGGGAUCUCGUAAUAAAAGUUCCAACGAUGCCACCUGGAAAUUUUUCGAAUCGAACCUCGUCCUUCCCGAGGCGGUGACCGUCACUACUACGACGCAAAUUGCAACGACCACCGACGAAUUCACCGCCGAAACGACAGACACCACGGAGCCAACCAUUCAAGCGAACUGGGAUCAUCUGGAAGUUUCCAUCUCGCCCAUUACCAAAGAAAAAGUGUACGUGGUGACACCGCUGUCCACGUGGGUCGCCCCAUCUCCGUCCACCACACCGUCCUCGCCGAGGUUCACGUCGUCGGGCAUCUAUCAGGCGCUGUCGCGGGGCCCGACCAGCCCGCGGCCGUCGCCGACGUCCAUCAACGACAUCAUCCCGUUCCGCAAGUCGGUGCUGUCGCCGGCGGACAUGCUGGGCGUGACGCCGCUGCCCUUCCACUCGCCGCGCUUCCUCAUCCGCCCCACGCCGGGGCCCUCGCUGCACCGCCUCUUCACCAUGAAGGCGUCGGAGGCCGGCUACACGCCUCCCUCGCCCUCCCCGCCGCUCGACGCCCGCAGCCACGCCCCCGCCCACCCCGCCUCACCACGCCGACGCGACGCAGACGCCGCCACCGCCGCUCCACGGCCCUCGACGCGCCAUUCCGAGCGCGAGUCGAGCACGCCGGCCGCCGACAACUCCACGGCCUCCAGGAGCCGCGGCGCGGCGACGCUACUGGGCCUGACCGACUUGCCGACGUACACGCCGCCGGACGGCGCGCGGGUGCACACGUUUUCGGGUCACUCCAAGGUCGUGACCGUGGUGACUCCGCCCACCCUCGUCACCCCGAAGAAGAAGCCGGCGGCGGGCUUCGGCGACAAGAAGGCGACGACGAGCGCCGCGUCCAAGACGGCGUCGGCGACGGCAACGGCGACGGCGACGGCGACGGCGAUCACGACGCGGCGAGCCCUUGGCCGCCCACGUCGCGCGGCGCCGCCCGCCGGCCUUCGACCCCGCGGCCCGCCCGCGGGCGGCGACGCGCGGCGUCCCACGCCGCGGAAGGAGCCCCGGCCUACCCCUCUGCACAUUCCGAGCUGCUGA